CGAUUCAUCAGCGGAAAAAGCCGCAUGUCGCCACGACAUGUACCAAGGACAGAUAAGAAUGGAUCCGAUCCAAUUUCGUCAUCGUCGUCGACGAUAUGGUCGCGUGUUCCGUCAACGGAGGAGACUGUCAGUCGUCGGCGUCGCGUCACGAGACAAUACGCGCACCAGGUGCGUCGAUCCGUAUCGCGGCCGACAUCGACAUACACACACAUCGACGCACCGCAUCACGUCAACAAGCUACGAGCUGUCAAAGUUGCAGCAAGCGCGUUCUCCAAGGAGCAUUCCUUCUUUGUUCUCGAUAACGCUGCGGCAGGAACAUGCGCAUAAUAUUCGUAAAAUUUCGCGAGAUCUCGCAGAAAUAUCCGAUUAUUCGAGGCAUGGCAUCCUACUCAGUUAUAUGGCCAACUGCGAACCUGUUGCAACAGAAAAUAAUAGGCAAGGAGGAAUUUAAUUACGCGGAAGCUGGACGAUUUAGUUUGUACGGCAGUCUUUACGUAGCACCUACAUUGUACUGCUGGUUGAAAUGUGCAUCUUAUCUUUGGCCCAAAGGAGAUUUAAAGUCUGCGAUCACUAAGGCUUUGGUUGAGCAAGUUACGUACACGCCUGCAGCUAUGUGUUCCUUCUUCUUUGGCAUGAGUUUUCUUGAAUUAAAGCCAGUUUCGGAAUGCAUUGAGGAGGUCAAAAUUAAAUUCUGGCCAACAUACAAGGUUGGUGUUUGUGUAUGGCCAAUUCUACAAACCAUCAACUUCUUCCUGAUCCCAGAGCGAAAUCGCGUUGUGUACGUCAGCGUAUGCAGUUUGAUAUGGACUUGUUUCCUUGCAUAUAUGAAAGCUUCUGCGCUCAAGAGAAAGGAGAAGGAUCUGAAUUAUAACAAUGUUCCUCCCAAGAUUGUAUUGGAGAAUAAAGCACAAUCUACUGGAAGAACCGGCUCUGUGCAAAUUUCUCUACUACGAUGAAAGUUUUAGGAAAUUGACAUGUUUUUAGACUAAUUUAUUUGUACAUACUCUAGGACAAUUUAUAUGAUACUUGAAAGUAAAAAAGCUAUAUAUUUUUACUUUAUUACUGUACGAUGCAAAUAGUGAUAUAUUUAUAGUACAAAAAUAUUACAUAUAUUUGCAGAUACGCCUCUUGUAUGAUAUUAAUACUAUUUCAGUAUUAAUAUUAAAUUAAAAACAAAUUGCAGAAGUA